GAUCUUUGUGCCCCAUGAGUACUUUUGCCUUCUUGAUUGGUCGUAUUUCUCAAUGGACAAGCUUGAAAGUCGUGGAUUAAAAUAAACAAAUAAAAUAUUUGUUAACAUCCUACCAUGUACAUAACGCGAUUCCAAUAUUUUUCACUGCAUUCAUCAAAGAGUGGUACAGUCGAUCUUGAUGCAGAUGAAGAGCGAAGUAACACAUUUACAGACCGACAACUAUGUGAAAGCCAGGAUAGAUUUUUGCUUAAUAGCAUCCUAAUAUUUGUUCUUCGAAAGGGGUAUACAGUAAUCUUAAAAGAAGUUAUUCAGCUUUACGGUCAUUUGUGUGUUAAGCCACCACCUUUUUGUGUGUGGUGUUGUGCAACGGUGUUAUUUUCAAAAAACUUAAAUGAAAAUUUGCUUGAGACUGAUUCUAACAAUUGCAGCUUAUCUACUCAUUAUCAAGAUCAAUUAGAAACUUUAAUUACAGUGGGGAAUCAUUUAUUUUCUAAACUGAAUGAUUCAUUACCGUAUAAACCAUACCUUAACACUUAUUUAAAGGAAGCUAGACGUGUUAUUAUGCAUUUAUACUUGGAAUCAUCUGCACCAACAUGUAAUUAUACUUUGUGUUUUUCCAAAUUAAAUCAACACUAUUCUCAGUCAGAUCUAACUGAUGAAGUACACAACUUCCGAUUACGAUUUUUAACAUUGUUCGUAUCUGAGACGAAAGUUAAUUGUUAUUUAAAAGAAAGAUGGUUUCCGGCUAGAUUUAAUGUUUUUAAAAAAUUACAACAUUUAGCGUUGGAUAUUGUUAAACAUUUACCUGAAGUAUUAUUGGACAAAGUUGGAUCAAGUGAAUGGGUAUAUAAUGAUUCAAUACUACUAGAAUUGAAUACACUUUUAGCUUUAAUUAUGCGUCAACAAUUAAUUCGUAAAUCUUCAUGUACAGAAGAAGAUUUAUUUGAACUUAUUCAUAUUUAUAAUUCUCAAUCAUGUCCAUCUCAGUUACUUUAAAUUGGUAAAUAGUUUUACAAAUUGUACUUAGUUUUUGGUUACAUUUUUUUUCGAAAUCACAUUUACGUCGGUUUUUUUAAAGUGAACUCCGCCUGUAGCUCUUCUA